AGUGUUUCAAGUCACGUUACACACGGACAAAAAAAAAAUGACUUGAUUAUAAGAUGUUAAGAUGAUCGUGCGAUUUUAAGAUUCAAAAUCAGAAUCUCUAUGUUAAUUACGAUGUAAAUUUUAGUUUUUGUACAAUUUCUUACUUAAUUUUUACUACCAAAACUACCCUAAUAUAUUUUAUACACCGUUUUCAUACCGAUAAUGUCAUAAAUGCUGCGUUCAGUUACCUAGUUAUACACAUUCUUCAGUUUUGAGGCCAUCAAAAAUUAAUAAAAAAUUUAAUGUUCAUCAAGGACUGGAAGCCUUCUGCGAUAUCGGCAACUGCUCCUUCAACAGGCGGCCAAGACCUCGACCAGCAGAUCGCUAAGCAAGGUGACCUCGUCCGAUCACUGAAGGCCGCGAAGGCUGAGAAGGCCAAGGUCGACGAGGCUGUCAAAGUUCUACUUGACCUAAAGGCCAAAUAUAAGGCUGCUACAGGAAAGGAUUGGAAGCCCGGAUCAACUCUAGCUCCUUCAAGCACAGUGACCAGCAGCAAAGAUUUAGACCAACAAAUUACCAAGCAAGGCGAUCUCGUCCGCUCACUGAAGGCCGCCAAAACCGAAAAGGCCAAGGUAGACGAGGCUGUCAAAGUUUUACUAGACCUCAAGGCAAAAUAUAAGGCAGCUAUGGGACAGGACUGGAAACCGGGGUCUGUGCCAACUCCGCAGCAGGCAAACAAUAGUGUUGACGGCCUAUCUACCCAAAUAGCCGCCCAAGGUGACAAAGUACGCAAACUCAAAACUGAGAAAGCUGACAAGGCUACUGUUGACGCGGAGGUAAAAACCUUGCUCUCAUUGAAGGCCCAGUACAAAUCGGCCACCGGUGCCGACUGGACGCCAAAUACAGCUGCCCCUGCCAACAAGAAAUCACAGAGUCCGUCUACUAAUACCCCCACAAUGAACGGUGCUAAUGACAAGGCUACAGUACUAGCGGCCGAGAUAGCUAAGCAGGGAGACCUAGUCAGGGACCUUAAGGCUAAAAAGGCAGAUAAGGCCACCAUAGACCAGGAAGUUAAGAAAUUGCUGGAAUUGAAGGCGCAAUACCAAACGGAGACUGGUGCUGCGUAUGCGCCGCCUUCACAGGCACGCGAAAACAAACCUAAGGAAAAGAAACCCAAGGAAGCCAAACCCAAGGAAGCCAAACCCAAGGAGGUCAAACCAAAGGAGCCGUCUCCAAAACCUUCUAAAGAGGAAUCAUCAUCAGGCCCCAAGAAGAUUACCAGGUUAGGCUUGGAGGCAAGCAAAGAUGUAGACUUGCCAGAGUGGUACACGCAGGUCAUCACAAAAUCCGAGAUGAUUGAUUACUACGACAUCUCCGGUUGUUACAUCCUGCGGCCGUGGUCGUACUGCAUAUGGGAUAGGAUACGUAACUUCCUCUCUGGUCAAUUCAAAAAGCUCGGCGUUAAAGAUGGCUAUUUUCCAAUAUUCGUAUCAAAGGCCGUAUUAGAACGCGAGAAGACUCAUAUAGCUGACUUCGCACCGGAAGUGGCGUGGGUUACACACUCUGGUUCGUCCGAGUUAGCUGAACACAUCGCCAUCCGUCCCACAUCUGAGACAGCUAUGUAUCCCGCGUACGCACGAUGGAUACAGAGCCAUCGGGACUUGCCUUACAAGCUGAACCAGUGGAAUAACGUAGUGCGAUGGGAGUUCAAACAGCCGCAACCGUUCUUGCGCACGCGCGAGUUUCUCUGGCAAGAGGGACACACCGCCUUCAGAACACCGCAAGAAGCUGGUGAAGAAGUACUGCAGAUAUUAGAUCUGUACGCGCGUGUUUACGAAGAAUUGCUAGCGAUUCCAGUGAUCAAGGGCCGGAAGACGGAGAAGGAGAAAUUUGCUGGUGGCGACUAUACCACCACCGUGGAGGCGUACAUACCAGCCAGUGGACGCGGCAUUCAGGGUGCCACCAGCCAUCACCUAGGACAAAACUUCUCCAAAAUGUUCGAGAUAGUAUAUGACGACCCCGAUACGCAGGAAAAGGCGUACGUCUAUCAAAACUCCUGGGGUAUUACUACGAGGACUAUCGGUGAGACAUCGGGAGGUCUAGGAUAGGAAAUAUCAAGUUUCAUCGAGCAGGCAGAAUGUUAAUAUACAAUAUUUGCCGUAACUUUUUUUACUGAAUAGUGUAUUUUUUAAGGUGUAAUGGUGUUAGUUCACGGCGACGAUCGCGGUUUAGUAUUACCACCACGCGUGGCAGAGAUCCAGGUGAUAGUUGUUCCGUGUGGCAUCACGGCCUCCAGUACAGCUGACGAUAGGAAGAGCCUCAUUGACUCGUGUAAGAACCUCGUGGAUGAAUUUCUCGCUGCCGGUAUCCGCGCUGAAGGAGACUAUAGAGACAACUAUUCGCCCGGUUGGAAGUUCAACCAUUGGGAACUAAAGGGUGUGCCAAUUCGUGUAGAGUUGGGCCCCAAGGACAUGGCACGUGGCGAGAUCGUAGCAGUUAGGCGGUUGACAGGUGAUAAGCUUACGUUGAAACGGACGCAAGCUCCUGGUGAACUCGCCGCCUUACUAGAGAAAACACACGAUGAAAUGUUUGCCAAAGCAACAAAGGAUCGUGAUGAAAGAUUAUCAAUUCACACAAAAUGGAGUGAUUUCACUGAGGCUUUGGAAAAGAAACAUAUUCUUAUGGCACCCUUCUGUGGAGAAAUAUCAUGUGAAGACAACAUCAAAAAAGAUAGUGCAAGAAAUGAUGAUGAUGCAACUAGUGAUGUGAAAGCGCCUGCCAUGGGUGCUAAGUCUUUGUGUAUACCAUUUGAACCUCCACGUCAAAUUUCUGAUGCUGAUGUGUGCAUCCAUCCAGCUUGCAAGAGUAAACCGAAAUUUAUAACUCUUUUUGGUCGUAGUUAUUAAAUAAAUACUGACUGAAAAGACAUUUGAUAUGAAUAAAUAAUUUAUUGUUUC